CCCCCGCCGCCCCCUCGGGAAUGAUGAAAAAGAACAAUUCCUGCAAAAGGGGCCCCCAGGACGGCAGCGCGGCGGCGGCGGCGCAGCCGGAGAAGGUGGGCUGGGUGCGCAAGUUCUGCGGGCGAGGCAUCUUCAGGGACAUCUGGAGAAACCGCUACGUGGUCCUCAAGGCCGACCAGCUCUUCCUCUCCGACAAGGAGGUCAAGGACGAGAAGAAGGCCCAGGACGUGUUCGACCUGAGCGAUUACGACAAAUGCGAGGAGCUGCGCAAGUCCAAAAAGAGGAGCAAGAAGAACCACAGCAAGUUCACGCUGUCCCACUCCAAGCAGCCGGGAGACACGGCCCCCAGCCUCAUCUUCCUGGCCGUGAGUCCGGAGGAGAAAGAGUCCUGGAUCAACGCCCUCAACUCCGCCAUCACCCGGGCCAAGAACCGCAUCCUGGAUGAGGUCACGGUGGAAGAGGACAGCUUCCUGGCCCACCCGACCCGCGACAGGGCCAAGAUCCAGCACUCCCGGCGGCCCCCGACGCGGGGCCACCUCAUGGCCGUGGCCUCCACGUCGACCUCGGACGGCAUGCUGACCCUGGACCUGAUCCAAGAGGAGGAGGACGCCGCCUCGCCCGAGGCCCCGCCGGCCCGCCCCCGCCGGCCCGAGGACGGCGCCGGGGGGGACCCGGGCCGGGCCGGCCGGCGGCGCUCGGACUCGGACCACGGGCCCCGCGGCCGGGGGCCCCGCGGGCCGGCGGCGGGGGCGGGGGCCGGGCCCCGGGACGAGCCGCGGGGGGCCGCGCUCCCGGACCGGGGCGCCCCGUACACCCCCCAGGCGCCCAAGAAGCCGGCCGACGCCGACAAGGCCCGCUGCGCCUCCCUGGAGGAGAUCCUGGCCCCGCGGGCCCCGGGGCCGCCCCCCGCCCCGCUGGCCCGCAUCCAGGACCUGGUGGCCCGCAAGCUGGAGAAGACCCAGGAGCUGCUGGCCGAGGUGCGGGGCCUGGCGGGGGAGGGCCGGCCGCCGGCGCCCCCCGCCCGGCCGCCGUCCCCCCGGGCCCCGGCCCACGGCGGGGCCCCGGAGCCGGGCCCGGCCGGCCUGCUGCGGGAGACGGAGCGGCUGCUGGACGAGGCCUCGUCCGCCUGGAGCCAGGCCCGCCGCGUGCUGCAGGAGCUGCGCGAGCUCAGGGACCUCUACGGGCAGCUCCGCCCGCACACCCCCGUCCCCGCCCCCGCGCACCGCCCCCCGCACCGCAACAGCCUCAUCUGACCCCGGGGCCCCGCGACGGAACGACGGGGGCUUUUUCUACGGACGCCGGACGGCGGAAAGAGCCAAGACGGACCUCGGCGCGGUCGGCUUCGCGUUCACGCACGUGCCUGACUCGGCCCGCCCCGCCCGGCCCCGGCCCCCUCGCCCUCGCUCCGGGUAAAUGCGAGGCGGGGGGAAGGGAGGGGUCGCUGGGACCCCAGGGGAGGGGAGGCCCAGGCCGCCCACCGCCCCGGUGGCCCUCGGAGC